UAUGGUACCUGGGGCCCCGUGGUGAGUUGUCCCCCCGGGGAGUUCUUGGUGUCCUUCAAGCUGAAGGUGGAGGAGUCUCGGGGCAUCUGGGACGACACGGCCGCCAACGACCUGACCAUGCGGUGCUUGGAGGGCGCCUCAAAGAAAUCCUGGACCCUCAGUUACCGGGGCUCCUGGGGGGGGUGGAGCCGACCCUGCCUCCCCACCAUGGGCAUCUGCGGGCUCCGCACCCGCGUGGAGGGUCCCGGGGACAGCAGCGACAGCACCGGGCUCAACGACGUCCAGUUCUUCUGCUGCGACCCACCAGAGACCCAGACCGUCCUCCCACCCCUCCCCGACUGA